AUGAAAUUCAUGACCUGGAAUGUCAACGGGAUCAGGACCUUGACUCAAUACCACCCCUACUGCGACGACCUCCACAAGAACUACAAGGAGAUCCUGGACUACCUUGGAGCAGACAUCAUUUGUCUUCAGGAAACAAAAAUCUCAAGGUCAAAACUUGAUGCAGAUAUCGCUCUUGUCCCUGGUUAUGACUCUUACUGGUCCUUUCAUCGAACCAAGUCAGGAUAUUCGGGAGUUGUCAUCUACAUCAAGGAUCAUAUCAAGCUCUUGGGUGCGGAGGAGGGGAUUUCGGGAAUUCUUUCGGGGUAUGUCCCUGCGCCUGCGCUUCCAGUGACGAGUAGGAGUUUUGAGCCGGAUGAUCCGGUGGACUUUGGAGACGAUGGUGACGAUGAUGAUAAGCACUUUUCAGGCAGCACCAAUGAGAUGGGAGUACGGCGGCAGUUGUCGUUCGAGCAGACGGUGGCAGAAACAAUGACCCAGUUCCCAGAACUCGACAAUGAAGGGCGCGGGUUGAUCCUCGAUUUCGGAUUCUUUGUGCUCUUCAACCUCUACUGUCCCAACGAGACGGACGACCAACGACGGCCUUUCAAGAUGGCAUACUACCACCUCCUCGAGGCACGUGUCCGGGAUCUGAUUGCGCAGGGCAAGGAAGUCAUUGUGGUGGGUGAUAUGAAUGUUGUACCGACAGAGUUGGAUCAUUGUGAUCCGGAACGGUGGAAGAAGGAGAGUGGGGAGAAUGAGUUUGGGAAUACGGAGCCUAGGAGGUGGUUUAAUGCGUUCUUGGCGACGCAGGGGGGACCGUUGACGGAUUUGCCUUCAAAUUACGGAACAAGACUGGACUACAUCCUUGUGACAGAAAAUUUGCUCCCCUGGUUCUCAUCCUGCGAUCGCCAACCUCAAAUCGUCGGUUCAGACCACUGCCCGGUCGUCGCUGAAAUGGCCACUGAGUUGGUACUGGGCAAGGAAGAGGAGCAGUCUGUGACACAAGAAGGACAGGAAUCAUCGCUGCAGCAACUUGCUCCACUAAAGGAGGGGAAGCGUGUCCUGCAGGAUAUUCUGGACUCUUAUGGCGGGACGACGGAUCACCCUCUGGCGGCCAGGUUCUUUGACGAGUUUUCUGGAAAACAACAGAAACUGUCCGCCUUCUUCAAGAAACCUGCGUCCUCGACAACGGGCUCACUGACAACAGGCUCAUUAACAGCAGCGGUCAAACCAGCGACAGCGAGUGUGUCCUUUGUCUCGGACAACAAACGACCAGCAGGCGCGCAGACAAACGAGGAUGACAGUAAUGCGCCGAGAAAGAAACCGUUCUUUGCCUCCCCAUCAACAACACCGACCCUUCCGAGCACUCCACCGUCACCAAGAACUGGCUCACUAACUAGGACGUCCACCCCUGACAGUAUACCCAAGCCUACUAUCAAGUCAACCGCCAAACCUGGAUCUGCCGCAACUACCAAGAAAUCCUCAACCGCCGCUGUCAACCCGUCGGGACAGCAGACCAUGCAUUCGUUCUUUGGUGCAUCUACCAAGAAACCGGCUAAGGAAGCUACACCCAGCAGCGGCAAACUACCAGAGCAGCAGCAGCAGGAUAGUAGCAAUGUCAAUGGCGCUUUUCAGCAAUCUAUACCUUCACCCACGGCGAUAUCGGCAUCACUGGAGUCCUCAAUCGGUUCCUCACAGGAGUCUUUGUCCAUGCUAACAUCCACCACUACCGCAGCACCGUCCUCGUCCUCAUCAACUUUCUCGCCUCAGGACUAUGCAGACUGGAUCCCGGGCUCUCAGGAUGUACUACCCUUUUCGAUCAAUGGCGAGACAACAACAUCUAAAUGGCAGACGCUGUUUACACCCAAGACGGUCCCCAAAUGCAAGUUCCAUAACCAGCCCUGUACAGAGUAUACCGUUAACAAGAAGGGACCUAACAAAGGGCGGCGGUUUUUUUUAUGUUCCCUGUAG